AUGUCAAAAGUACAGAUGGAGAUCUAUAAUGUGAUUGAGUGGUGCCAGAACCACAAUCUUGCCACCAAUGUUAGUAAGACCAAGGAAUCACCUCAAACGACUGAGGAAGUAGAGGCAUUGUUCCUCAGCAAAAGUAGCACAGAUAUCUUCAAAACACGGGAGCUGGCUGGAAUGCACAUUCACUGCCCCCCACCCCCACGGUCUCGGCCCUCCCCCAGGCCGGGGCGGAACGCUCCACCUGAGGCUGCGGGCGGGGAUGGGGGCGAGAGCCACGGUUGGGGCGGCUGCGGGCGCGGGGCUGGGCUGGGCAAGCGGGGGGCCGGGUGGGUGGGGGAUGGAGGGCGGGGGUGCCGCAGUGCGGGCGGUGGCCCCGGGGCGGGGAAGGGGGGGGUCCUUGAGGCGGCUCCCCCCGCGGUGACCCCGAGGUGCAGUGUCCCAGCCGGGCCGGACCGUACCACCGGCGCGGGCGGGCGGGCGCCGACGCCGGACACGGACUUAAAGCAGCUCCUGCCGCUAUCCUCCGGCCCCAGAUCCCGGCCCCGCCGCCUGCCUGGCGCUCGGCGCGCUCAGCCCAGCCAGCACCGCCACCCCGGGCCGCCGGCGGGAGGGUGGACGAAGUGGGGCCGGGCCGGAGCCGCCGCCGCCAUUUUGGGAGCGACUAAAACAACAAGAGUGCGGGAAGCGGCAUCGAAGGAGCGGCGCGGCCCGACAGCCGCCCGGACCCCGCGCCCGUACUUACCGCCUCACACACACGGCCGCAGCUCCCCGGCACGUCCGCUGGCCCGGCCCGCUUGCCCGCUCGGCAGGCCCAGCACAUUGAUGCAAUCAAAAAGACAGGCUCUGCUUUCUCAGAUGUUUGAGAAGAUUCAACAUCUCACAGAAUACUUCUAUAGAAGAACGGCAUGAGCAUAUUGACUGGUUGCAUUACGGCUUAAUUUGGUAACUCGAUGCAAAGAAACAAAGUAGACAGCAGAAAGUGGUAGACAAUGCCCGAUCCAUCACAGGUAUUACGCUUCUCCCCAUCGGAGGGUUCUACAGGAAGCUCUGCCUCAAGACAGAGGAUAAUAUCAUCAAUGACCCACAUCACCUUGGCCACGCUCUUAUCUUGCUGCUAUCAUUGGAAAGAAGGUACAAGAGCCUGAGAACUGUUACCUCCAGAUUGAAGAACAGCUUCUUGUCAGCAACCAUCAGGCUCAUCAACCACCCUGCACAACCCUACCUCAGCAUUGCACCACGAUAGACUUUGCAUGAAAAUGUACUGGAGUAACUCAGCGGGUCAGGCAUCCCUGGAAAAAAUGGAUAAGCUACGUUUCAUGU